GAGCUGUUUGGGGCUUCUAUACUUGGAGCGCCGCGGUAGCGUCUUCUAUCGCUUAGACUCGCUCUUUGGUGGUCUGCUGGUCGCGACUUUGGGUGGUCUGGUGCAAUACAGCAGGGACCACGGCUGGGAGUAUGCGCCAGAUAUCCAUCAUCACUAUGGUUUCCAGGCCCUGGCGGCCGGAGUGACCUUUGCCAUCGUUUUCCGGACGCAGCUGGCGUGGAACAGGUACUGGGAGGCGGUGACGCAGCUGCACUUCAUGUACAGCAAAUAUGCUGACGCCUACCAGCAGUUCUAUGCCUUCGCAGAGGUUACCAAACAUCAUGCCCGAAAGAACAACGACGAGGAGAAAGUCGAAAUGAUCGAGGAGAAGCAGCGAAGACUUCGAGCCAAUUUUGCAUUGUUGAGCACUUUUUCAGCGGACCGGCUGAGCAACGGUGACAACCAGCGCAUGGAAGAGUUGCAUGCCCACCGGAUCCGCUCGAGAGCUGCAAUGCGAGUGGACAAAGAAUGGAAAGGUUUUCAGCUGCCAGAGAUGGUUGAGCGAGGAGAAUUUCAACGCUCACAGAUCGAUGGCCAGGCCUUUGUGGUUUUUGAGAGACCCACUAGAGAGCAGAUACAAGUGCUGUCUCGUACAUUCGAUGCGGUCUCCACCGUGAUGUAUUGGAUCAUUUGGGACUUGGUGGACUGCAUUAAGGAUCUCGAUGUGCCUCCGCCAAUCCAAUCCAGGAUGUAUCAGGAGUUAUCCAAUGGCAUGCUUGGCUUCUAUAACUGCCUGAAGAUUGCAGACGUACCGUUUCCGCUGCCAUAUGCGCAGCUUCUGGGACUGUUACUCAUUGCAUUCUCCUGCCUCAUCCCAUUUUAUGUGAUCAUUUUCACAAGCUCAGCCGUGAUUGGCCCCAUCCUUUGCUUCUUCCUCUUUGAGAGUCUUUGGUGUCUCAAUGAGGUCGCAAAGGAGCUGGAGAAUCCUUUCGGGCAGGACCUGAAUGACAUCUCGGUGUUGGACUUCCACAUUCGUUUUGUGGACGUCCUGGAGGAUGUUGGACUCAGCGAGCAAAACCUUGUGCUCUGGCCUCACUCGCCAGGCCUGGCUCGGUCCUGGCUCGGUCCUGGCUCGGUGGAUGUUGAAUUUGUUGAGUCUUAUGACCUGCAGCGCUUUUGGCAAACCCAUGGCAAGUACAAUGCGAUCGAUCGUGGUGAAGCUGCACUUCGAGAAGAGGACUACUGGGAGCACAUGCCAGAGCUUGGAGUUUGUGUUCAGCAUCACCUGCAACCUCGCAAGAAGUUCCAGGACAAGCCGAAGGAGCCACAGAAGAUGAAAGCCUGCGCAGGGGAACCUGCACCUUCGACAGUGUCGGGAUCUCAGCAAUGCGCAGGGGUGCAGGUGAGACAUCCUGCACCUGACUUACUGGUUUGUG